AUGGCUGACAACGGUCCCCCCACGACCUCUGGUCAACUCCCGCCGCCGCCGCAGCCCAACGCGGGCGCGCCUGGCUACGAGAACGGCCAAAACCCUGGCUCGAACCCGUCGCACAUGCCUCCCCCUCCUCUGCAUAUUCCGCAGAACACCAAUCCGAUCCCGACCGCGAUCACUUCCCCGAUGGGUCCGGGCGGCGACAAGAGUGGCAUGAUGUCCCCAGGCAGCGCCGGCCCCUUCGGUCGCCGCGCCGCGCCGGAGCCGAACAAGCGUGCGCUGUAUGUCGGGGGCUUGGACCCGCGCGUCACCGAGGACGUCUUGCGUCAAAUCUUCGAGACCACCGGUCACGUCCAGAGUGUCAAGAUCAUUCCGGACAAGAAUGCCAAGGGUUACAACUACGGUUUCGUUGAGUACGACGACCCCGGUGCCGCCGAACGCGCCAUGCAGACUCUGAACGGCCGCCGUGUCCAUCAAUCGGAGAUUCGUGUGAACUGGGCCUACCAGUCCAACAGCACCAACAAGGAGGACACUUCGAACCAUUUCCAUAUCUUCGUCGGCGAUCUCUCUAACGAGGUCAAUGACGAGGUCCUCCUCCAGGCCUUCUCGGCCUUUGGGUCUGUUUCUGAGGCUCGCGUCAUGUGGGACAUGAAGACCGGCCGCUCUCGUGGUUAUGGUUUCGUCGCCUUCCGCGAGCGCCCGGAUGCCGAGAAGGCACUGAGCUCCAUGGAUGGCGAGUGGCUCGGCUCCCGUGCUAUCCGCUGCAACUGGGCCAACCAGAAGGGCCAGCCCUCCAUGGCCCAACAGCAGGCCAUGCAGCAGAUGGGCAUGACCCCGACCACGCCGUACGGCCACCAUCAUUUCCCUACCCAUGGCGUCCACAGCUACGACAUGAUUGUCAACCAGACCCCGGCCUGGCAGACCACCUGCUACGUGGGUAACCUGACUCCCUACACCACUCAACAAGACAUCGUUCCGCUCUUCCAGAACUUUGGCUUCGUCGUCGAGUCUCGUUUCCAAGCCGACCGCGGCUUCUCAUUCGUCAAGAUGGAUACUCACGAGAACGCCGCGAUGGCCAUCUGCCAGCUGAACGGCUACAACGUCAAUGGCCGCCCGCUCAAGUGCAGCUGGGGCAAGGACAAGACGCCUAGCCAUCCCCAGCAGUUCGACCCCAACCAGCAGUACAGCCCUCAGAGCGCGCAGACCCCUGGUUAUCCCGGUACGCCCUCCACCUAUUUUAACCAGUACGGUGGUGGUACGUAUCCCCGCGAGGCUGCUGCCCCGAACUCGGUAGUUAACGCCCCCGUAGGUUCGUACGGUCCGGGCCAGCAGCCUGGCUACGCCGGUCCCCAGGCCCAGUCGCCGGCCGGCUACGGUGCGCAGCCCAUGGGCUACAGUGGCCCCCCGAGCGCUGGUGGCUACGGCCGUGGGCAGCAGUCCAACGCGCAGUGGAACCAGCCGCCCCCUGGUCAGAACUUCAACAACGGCUUCUCCGGUUACCAAGGUUAG